GACACGGUCGACUCUGAGGAAGAGGAGGAGCCUUUGCUACGGCAGUUGGUAUUAGAGCCACUGCUGCAGCUCUGCGCGGCCUUUCGCCGUCAGGACUGGGAGCUCGCCCGCAGCAUGCUUGAAGGGCUGAGGCUUCCAGCCCUUGGCUACGGGGAAAAAUAUCUGGCGUACCACUCGCUGGUCACAAAGAUCAUGAAGCGGUUGGCAGAUGGAGAUGCCAGCCAGGUGAUGUGUCAGCUGCUAGCUUACCGGCUUCCUUCUCCGCGCCAGGCCGAGGAAACCAGGUGCAGCUGCUCGCCUCAGGGGCCGCUGAUCUUGGCCGUCGCGCGCCGGAUUCCUGCGGCCGCGGUGAAGGGUAGAUCCUACGCGCUGGGCCGGGUAUUCUGUGGCUGUGCAAGCCGGUGCCAGCGUGUGAGGUGCACGGAAAGCGAUGGGAUGGGGACCAAGGGGAUGGGCAGCGCGACAAUCGAGCAGCUGGCGAUGCCUCUUUCCUGCUUCGCUGAGCCUCUGGAGAUGGUUCCAGCAGGAAACCUGGUACUUGUGACGGGGCCUGACCACCUCAUCUUCAAGUCCGGGACUUUGUUGGACGAAAGCCUUCCAAGCAAUUCCGGUUUGGCCAUGGCACCGCAGCUGCGCCCCUUAGUACGAGUCUCCGUUCGGCCGAAGCAUGCGGAGGACCUGCCCAAGCUGGUCGCAGCCCUGCGCCAGCUCAGCGCCUCGGAUCCCGCGGCGCGCUGCCGCGCGGAAGAGUGGGGCGAGCACGUCAUCAGCGGCCUCGGGGAGCUUCACCUCAGCACCUGCAUCAGGGAGCUGGCAGCAGAACUUGCUGAAGAGGUUGAGCUCGUCUAUGACAAGCCUGAGUACGUGACAUCGCGGAGAGGAUUGGGCGACUGCAGCUAUGGCGUAGAGUACAAAGAGACCGUCCGCGCUGCCGGUGCCACCUCGGAGAUCUUGGCGCCCAGCUUUCGGUGUUCUGCCGAAGCACUGAGCCUGGAAGAGGAACUUUGCCAGGAGCUCGAUGAGGGCGGUCCACUUGUCCGAGCCCGUGCGCGGCAGCGGGCGCUAAUGCUUGCGGAUCGCUACAACUGGGCCCUUGAAGAUAGUCAGAACCUCUGGGCUUGCGGCCCUGCUGACGGGUGCGGCACGAAUAUCUUUGUUCGGGGCGACAGCGACUUGAGAGAGGCAGCAGCCGGAGCCGCGAUGGUUGGAGCCUGCCGCUGGGCCUCUGCCGAGGGUGCGAUCUGUGAGGAGCCUUUGCGAGGCAUCCGCUUCAACCUCGGCUUCACCUCGUCACCAGGGCAGGGCAGCAAUCAGGAUCCAGGGAACGCCACCGUUACACCCAGCUUCCGCUGGGCCCGGGACUGCAGCGCUCUCGCUCGACGCGUUUUGUUGGCAUCCGCCUUGGACAUGGCAGCUGAACCGGGCCUUCAGGAACCCUGGUCCCUUGCAGAGGUAAUGCUGCCCGCAAUGGCACCUGAAAAGGUCGCGCACUUGUGGGGUCUCCUGUGUGGGGUCCGUGGCCUCGUUUUUGAGGCAGACUGCGAUCCGGAUGAGGAAGGAAGGAGGGAGCAAAAGUGGUGUUUCGAGCUCCCCACCCUAGAGCUCGUCGCCUUGGAGCCUCGUCUCAAUGAGGUCCUUGGCAGCUCUGUGGUGAUCAAGGACUGCUUUCUCCGCUGGGUCACGCUUCCAGGGUCCUUCCUUGGCGAAGAUUCGAAGAGCAGCUACCUCAAGAGCGUUGUGCUUGGCCUUCGCCGGUGGCGCCAAUUGAACCCCGCCAUCCCUGGCCAGGAGGACAUCCUUGCAUCAACCCUGUAA